AUGUCUUGUGAAGCUUGUCGUACUAUUCCCCCUGUUACCGUGCAGGGGUAUUCCCCAAAGGGUCAUUAUGAGACUAUUGCGGGCCUCAAAACAUAUGUGACUGGAAAUACGGACGGAAAGAUGGGCAUAGUCGACCUCUAUGAUGUCUUUGGGCUCGCCAGCCAGACCCUUCAGGGUGCUGACCUUCUCGCCGUGCGCCUCAACGCUGUGGUGUUGGUUCCUGAUUUCUUCGAGGGCGAUGCGCUCAAGCCGGAGUAUGUUCCGGCCGAUACCGAGGAAAAGAAACAGAUAAUUGCAGAAUUUAUGGCACAUAAAGCGUCAUUCUCGCGAAAUGCGACGGUCCUUUUGGAGGCAAUCCCAGAAUACAAGUCUCGGUUCCCUUCUGUGGGGAAAUGGGGUGCCUUUGGUCUUUGCUGGGGCGGAAAGGUCACAGUAUUAGCCUCAGGUGCCAACAGUCCUUUUGCUGCCUCGGGACAGGUGCAUCCAGGACGCAUGGAUGUGGCUGAUGCUGCCCCCUUUCCAUUCCCCACAUUGUUUUGGCAUCGAAAGACGAGCCUGCUGAUGCAGUCGCUGGCUACGCCCGAGUGA